AUUCUUCUUCUCUCCGCACAAAAAUAUUUAGAGCAAUCUCUCUCUCUCUCUCUCUCUCUCUCUCUAUCUCGUUAAUUAGGGUUUCGAUCUCAUGGCCGGCGCCGGAAUCCACCCUUACCACCAGCAAUGGCCAGCGGCAGGGGCACCGCCUCCUCCCGCCGCAGUUUCCACAGCUGCUCCACCACAUCCCCCGCCCGUUCAUCACCAUCAUCCUCCUCCUCCUGUUUUAGUUGACAACCAUAAUCGUCCUCCUUAUGACGAGCUUCGGACAAUCUUCAUCGCAGGGCUUCCUGAUGAUGUAAAAGAGAGAGAGCUUCUCAAUCUCUUAAGAUGGUUGCCUGGUUACGAGGCUUCUCAGGUGAAUUUCAAGGGAGAAAAGCCUAUGGGUUUUGCUCUUUUCUCCACUGCUCAGUUUGCAAUGGCAGCCAAAGAUACCCUUCAGCAUAUGGUGUUUGAUGCUGACUCGAAGUCUGUGAUACAUACAGAGAUGGCCAAGAAGAAUCUCUUUGUUAAAAGAGGAAUUGUUGGGGAGUCAAAUGCUUAUGAUCAAAGUAAGCGCCUACGAACUGGAGGUGACUGCACACAUUCUGUGUAUAGUCCAUCUCCUUUCCACCCUCCACCUCCUCCAGUGUGGGGACCUCCUCAUGGGUAUAUGGCACCUCCACCUCCACCAUAUGAUCCUUAUGCAGGUUAUCAUGCUCCCCCUGUACCAAUGCCUGCGCCCGCACCUAUAGCAGCUCCUAGUUCAUAUGUGCCUGUCCAGAAUAUUAAGGAUAAUCCACCUUGCAAUACCCUAUUUAUUGGUAAUCUUGGGGAGAAUAUUAACGAAGAAGAAUUGAGAAGCCUCUUGAGCGCGCAACCUGGUUUCAAACAAAUGAAGAUUCUGAGACAAGAAAGGCAUACAGUUUGCUUUAUUGAAUUCGAGGAUGUCAAUAGUGCCACAAAUGUUCACCAUAAUUUGCAAGGUGCUGUCAUUCCAAGUUCUGGUUCAGUUGGCAUGAGGAUCCAAUAUUCAAAGAAUCCAUAUGGGAAGAGAAAGGAAGGUGGCGGCUAUUCUUUCUAUCCUUCUCCGAAUGCAAAUGGAGCCCAAGGAGCUCUGACAUAUCAGUAGGCCUUGAAGGGGGACGUACUCUCUUCUUUAUCUCGCAACAACUGCACGAAUAGGAUGCAUGUUGCUGGCAGUCCGCAUUGCAUCCAUUUUCAUUCUCGACAUUUUUAAGCAUUAGCAUUGCUUCUUUGUCAUGUGAUGGAUGCAUAUAGUGUGACCUCAUCAACAUAACAUGUUUCAGUUCCUAUUAGCUUUGCUACAUGCAUUCGCAGUGUGGUUUUUGAUGAUUGUUUUGAUUCUGUAGGAGUUUGGUUUGCCAUUUAUUUAUCUUAUUACGGCGUUGACACAUCACUUUGUGGGAUUCAUUUUCAUCAUUCUGAUCGAUUCAUCCGAUGAAACUCCAA